AUGUUUUACUACCCCACUGUCCUGAAGCGCCACACGGGAUGCUUUUCUACAAUAUGGUUAGCUGCGACGAAAGGUAUCAAGAUUACCCGACGGGAUUACCUGAAAGUCAAUGUUACGAGAACCUGUGACGACAUUAUGGAGUAUGUGCUGGUGCGGGUCCCAUCGCCUUGGCCAGGCCAGCCCCGACCUCGAUUUUCCCUCUACCUCUCCUCCCAGCUCCAGUACGGGGUUAUCAUUGUCUACCAUCAUCAGUGUGUCAUUCUACUAGAGGAGACCCAGUCCAUUCUGGACCGGCUGUCCAAGUUCAGGAACACCGAGAUCAACAUGGAGAGUCAAGAAGGCAAAGUUUUAACCAUUCCCGAUGCCUUGUCUCGCCUGGAAGAGACGGAGAGGGCCCUGGAUCCCUUCUUUGGAGUGAUGGACUUCAGCGAGCCCAUAUCCAGUCCAAGUAGACUGAUACAGAUGGGCCAGGAGUAUAUAAGAGGAGAAUCUCCAGAGCACCCAGUGGUUGCCGUCCCACGAGAGGAUAUAAUGACUAUCUUUUCAAAGGCAAUCACCCUAACCGAUAGAGAGCCUGACACAAUACCUACUGCAGAGUUCGAGGGGGUGGACCUUGCUGAUCACGAUAUGGACAUGGUUGACUUCCUGUUGGCUCAGAGUGAUCAAUUUGCAGACGGGAUCCUGCCAUUGCUGCCCACCACUCCCUCCAGUGAGGAGAUCAUGAUGCUGCCACAGGAGGCGCCAAUUCUGCCACCCAGGGAGAGACCCCCAACAGAGGAGGUGACACUAGAGUCUGUAUCCCUGCCUUCCCAUAUUUCUCCAAUUGAGGAUCAGGAAAGACCAACCAAAAGACCAAGAGCCACAUCAACGGAUGUACCUGUUCCAGAGGAGAUGAGGAGGAGGAGGAGGAGGAGGCGGCAGUUGACCUUCUUCGACCCAGAGACCCAGAUAUCUGCGGAUCAGUUACAGAAGCAGAUCAGCAACCCUCUGAUUGAGACUAAGCAGCCUGUCUGCUCCCUGCUUCCAUCCCACUGGAUGCCCCCGGCUGCCAGCCUCCUCAAUGAGCCCUGCGUCUCCUUGCCUGAAGAGCUGCAGUUGCUAUGGAGACGAGCUACGACCAUCACGCCUCUCUCCGGCUCGGACCUGCAGGUUGGGGAGAGAGGGCCUGAAUCAACGGAAUCAGAGGAGAGGGAGAGCGCGGAAGAGGUUGCUGGUCCGGAGGUGCAGGUUUCUAGAGAGUUGGAAGAGUCAGUCCUGCCUCUUCUUGAUACAUCAGAGACGGUCCUGGAAAUGGAGAUGGAGGAGGAGAUGCCUGAGCAUGACAUCGAUGUCGACCUGCUGAACAUGGUUAAGAGGACGAUGCCAGAAGAGGAGGCUGUUGUACUUUUCAGCUCUCUGCUGCCACCACAGGCUGACCGCAGAACUGUCACUAACACCUUUUGGAAGCUUUUAGAGAGUAUAGAGGCCAGGAAGCUGUGCGUGAAGCAGGAUGAGCCUUACGGCAAUAUCUGGAUUUCACCUGGAUCCAGAUAUGAAGAGACGGUGUCAGAUCACGGGACCAGCUCAUAA